AUGUUUUCUGUUAGGAUUGUAGAUGGAUUUUACGUGGGAAAACCUAUAGAUGGCUUAGAUAUUUUGUUUUCUAAAUUUCAUGAGGCGAAUGUUAACCGUGUUCCAGUUUUGAGGAUAUUUGGCUCAACUCCUGGUGGACAGAAAACUUGUGUUCAUAUUCAUCAAGUAUUUCCUUACUUAUACAUACCUUACGAUGGAACUAAACCCACAGAUAAAUAUCUGAAACAAUUUACGACAAGUGUAGACUUUGCUGUUCAAGUUGCGUUUGGUAGAACAUCAUCUUCUAUGAAAUAUGUUCAUAAAACUGAAAUUGUUAAAAAAAUACCAUUUUAUGGUUAUCAUGAGAACGAAGAAGAGUUUAUUAAGAUGGAGUUGUACAAUCCAAGAAUAAUUCCCAAACUUGUUGAUCUUCUUCAGAAUGGAGCUAUAUUGAACAAGUCAUUUCAACCACACGAAGCUCAUGUUCCUUAUAUUCUACAGUUUCUAAUUGAUUACAAUCUUUAUGGUAUGAACUUACUUCAUGUAAGAAAAGUUCAUUUUAGAGGAAUUUCUUCAAAAACAGAUAAAAAUCUUUCAUAUAAUAAUAAAUCAAUUCCACUUCAUGGUUCAUCUCCAAAUUCAUUUCUCAAUUUUCCUUCAUCUCAACACUGGAAUGAAGACACUAUUCCUAGAAAUUUAUGCCUGGAUCCUACUGUGAAAAAAGUCAGUCGUUGUGAACUUGAAGUUGAUGUAAUUGCUGAAGACAUCUUGAAUCAAAUAAAUGUUGAAAGUUGUAUUGGUCAUAAUCCUGGUAUAACUGCUAUGUGGGAAGAUGAAAGACAACGAAGACGAGAUAUUGGACUAUCUUCACAAUUUGCUCUUCCUGUUUCACAAGUUAAGGUAGUAAUGAUGAACAUGAUGAAGAUAUUGAUGAAGAUAAAGAAUCAAUAUUAAUGUCACAGCCAUUUUGGAAAGAUGAUGAAGAGGAACAUGAUUCCCAAAGUUCGGAGGAUGAAGAGGAAGUGGACUGGAAACCACCUUUACGUAUGUCUCAAGUUGAUGGUCCUGGUGAUGACGAGGACUCCAGGUGACAUGUGUAGUCAAUCAAUUUUCACUCCGCGAGAGAAUCUCGAAACACUAAACGCGCGUGUCUGGGUGUAAUCUCGCGUGUCUGGAUGCAGAAAGUUCUCUCUCAUCCUAAAUGUACAGCAGCCGUUCGACAAACAUCAUUUAGUAAAGAUGGAAGAUCCCACAAGAAUGGAGUUGUGAAAUCCCCUUUACCACCUGUGUCAUUCACUUCAAUUACUCUUACUAGUUUGUCAUUACUCAUGUGUCAUGGUGAUUCAUGGCCAAGAAUGUUCAUUUGUAGUUUGGAUUCUUUGUUGAUGUCAGUUGUUUGUUCAUAUAAUGAUGAUGGGCCCCAUUGUUAUAAGAACCCACCAAAAGGUGGUCAAAUGAUACUUACAGAAGAUCAACUCUGCACUAAGCAUUCUUUGAGUAAUGAUAAAACUAGGUUAUUGAAGGGCGGUCCCUUUUCCUUCGCUUGAAGUUACCAUAACAGUGCAUUGUGAAUUGUAGUCUAUCGAAAUAGCGAUUCAUAAUAUCAGUAGCUUCUUUAUUGGUUGAUGAUGCUGCUUACUUCGUGUAUGGAAUGGUAUCGACAUGUUGAAUGGACAUUGCAUAAUGGCAUAUGUACGUAUGAACAUUUACACUGAAGUGACUGCACUAUAAAAAUGGACUACAUUCUACGAAGAUGGAAAACAAGCGAGUGGAAAAACACGAUCUAUAUCUUGUGGUUUGUAAGUUGAGUAGAUAUAAGUGUUAAAAUUAACUUGUAUGAGUAACUGCAUGAGAUAGUUAAAAAGGAUCCUGAUGGUCUAUCUUUAUAAUUUGAAACUUAACCAUGAAAAACACCCAACUUACAAAAGUGUCAUUAAAAGAUGUCACUUGCUGUGAGAAAAUAGCUGGCUUUCACUCGCUACUUUUUAGUAAUUUAUUUAACGUUAAUUAAGAAAAUUGCAAUAAUGCAAA